CCCGGUGUCACCGCGAUGGGUGACCGGGCGUGGGGGGGUCCGCAGCGUGCUCGGAGCAGGGCAUUGCAGCCUCUGCACUUGAGGAAGGCACACAAGGAGUCAGAGGAGACACCUGACCCCAUCUACCUCAACAUCCAGGAGCUGCGGGAAGAGGCCACCGCCGCCAGCUCGGCCCCAGAGGAGCCUGGCAGCUCCGUGUCGGACUGGGAAACCCACACGGACACGGACAGUGGACAUUUGUUUUAUUAUAACCCCGUGACGGGCGAGACCACGUGGGAUUGUCCCUUUGGGCAGGCGGCCGAUGGAGUGAGUCCCGCCGCCUCUCCCGCCUCCUCACUCGCACACAGCCCGGAGCUUCCCGAGUGGGAACAGCACGUGGACGAAGGAAGCGGACAGACUUUUUUCUAUAAUUCGGUGACAGGUGAGACGUCGUGGGACCCCCCCACCGUGGGAGACACAGGCAGCCCCCGGGAAAUGCACCCUGGGGGGACGCGGUACGGUCCCGUGGAGCAGAGGCCACCCACUCCAGAAACGGAUUAUCCUGACCUGUCUCCAGAUGAGCUGGAGUGUUAUCCUGAGGAGGACUAUUCGCCCGUGGGCUCCUACGAUCAGGGGGCCUCUCUGUGCCUGUCCCCGAGGUGCCCCGAGGAGCUGGGCUCACCCCCGGGCUGGUACGGACACAGCCACCCCGAGGGUAUCACGUUCUACCCCGAGCACUUCGGGACUGACACGGUUCCAUCAGGUGGCCGCCACGAGCGGGCCAGCAGCGGCUCCAGCCAGGACAGCGGGCUCUUCGCCUGGCACGGCACCGUGUCACCGGCACCAGGCAGCAAGGAGGAGAAGUUUAAAAGUCUCGAAAAAGCCGGAGUGCUCAACCGGACCAAGACAGUGGACAGAGGGAAGCGGCUCCGGAAGAACUGGAGCUCCUCCUGGACAGUGCUGGAAGGGGGAAUCCUCACCUUCUUCAAGGACUCCAAGCAUUCAGCUGCCAGUGCCUUGAGGCACCCCAGCACCCUGACCACCCCUGAGCACACGGUGGAGCUGCGUGGGGCCACCCUCGCCUGGGCCGGCAGGGACAAGUCCAGCAAGAAGAAUGUCCUGGAGCUGAGGACGCGGGAGGGCUCGGAAUUCCUCAUCCAGCAUGACUCGGAGCAGAUCAUCACGGCCUGGCACAGAACCAUCUCCGACAGCAUCGGCCGCAGGGGCUCCGACAUCUCCGCAGAGGAGGAGGCCGAAACUGGGGCUGAAUUCGGCUCCCGGGAGAGGCUGGGGGGCAGCGAGGAGAGGAGGGCAGCGGCCGGACAGGUGACGGGCAGUGCCGAGAGUGACACCAGCAGAGUCCGGAACAAACUCCGCAAGUUCCUGCAGAGGCGGCCGACGAUGCAAUCCCUGCGGGAGAAGGGCUACAUCAGGGACCAGGUUUUUGGCUGCUCGCUGCUGGCUCUGUGUGAGCGGGAGCGGGGCACGGUGCCACACUUCGUCCUGCAGUGCAUCUGGACCGUGGAGAGGAGAGGUCUGGACAUUGAUGGGCUGUACCGGGUCAGUGGCAACCUGGCCACCAUCCAGAAACUGCGCUACAAGGUGGAGCAUGACGAGCAGCUGGACCUGGAUGACGGGCGCUGGGAGGACAUCCACGUUGUCACCGGGGCACUGAAGCUCUUCCUACGGGAGCUGCCAGAGCCACUCAUCCCCUUCAGCCACUUCGACAAGUUCAUCGCUGCCAUCAAGAUCCAGGAGCCGUCCCUGCGGGGCCGCUGCGUCCGGGACCUGGUGCAGUCCCUGCCUCCCGCCCACCAUGACACCAUGAAGGUCCUUUUCCGCCACCUCUGCAGGGUGGUGGAGCACAAGGAGGAGAACCGCAUGUCGGUGCAGAGUGUCGCCAUCGUCUUCGGCCCCACGCUGCUGCGGCCGGCCUGUGAGGAGGGCAACAUGGCCAUGCACAUGGUCUUCCAGAACCAGGUGGUGGAGCACAUCCUCAACCACUAUGGGUACAUCUUCCCGGACAGAUAAACCCUGGGGACAAGCCCAGCAGUGGGGACUUGAUGGAGCAGCGUCUCCAGGAAGGACUUGGCCAUGUGUCACCUCGGUGGUGGCUCCAUGAGGGGCAGCACGGUGACCCGGCUCAAGGAGGGGCACCCCAGUGGGUCCUCCUUGGCCACCCUGUCCCACCAGGGCCGGGUCCGGAGGGUUGAGCCCCAGGGUUUGUGGGGCUUGGUGGGGUCCCUAUGGUCAGUGGAGCCCUGCAGUGCCCGGCUCGCUGAGCCAGCGUUCCCAGGGUGGGAGCGGGCAGUGUCCGGGCGGGCAGUGGUGGCACCGGCGGCUGGGCAGGGAGGGGCCGGGCAGUGCCGUGGCUGGAGCCCCCUGCCCCCUUCCCGAAUAAAGAGCCCAUUCAGACA